GGAAGUUGCCGUGGCGGAGAAGCGGACCAAACUUGACUCACUUGUGGGAUAUUGAAUUCGCGCCUGUUUAUUUUUAUUUUUUUUAUUAUUUUCCUUUUAUUUUUUCAUGUGAAUCUGAAGGCCACCGUCGCAGCUGGACCCGUGUUUGUGACCUCAAAUCUGUCAGUCCCCCCGUAUGGACGAUGAGGAGGACGGUGUGCUCGAGCCAGACCCCAACUGGAAGUCCACCAUCAGGGAGAUAAGGAGGUGUGAAGGCAAGGGCAAAGCGCAAACACCCUGCCCUGUCCUGGCACCUGUCAACGGCAUGCUGCCCUGUGGAGUCUCAGAGGAACCAAGACCACUCUUUUACGGGGACACAGGUUUUCGAUUGCACUUUCCGGCGGACUUUGAACGCCUCGGCGACCAGGAAGCGAGACAAACGCUGCGCAGAGAGGAAGAGCCCAGGAUGGAGCAGUUACCUGAGCAGCCACUGGAGGCACAGAGCCUGGAGGCCUGCAUCGGCCAGAAGCUGCAGCGGAUCGGAGACCAGUUUCACCGGGAGCACCUCCAACAGUAUCAUCGAAACCAAAGGAACCACAGGCUGCUGUGGUGGCGCCUGGCCACGGCCCUGCUCGACCUCCUCUUCGACCGGAGGGCCUUCGCCGGAGGAGCGAGGCGGAGGUGAGAGGGUCUCCCCCUCACGUCUGUGGUCAUCAUCUCCACAAAAGACUGGACUCCUGAUGGCACUGUCAAAUCUAACACGGGUCUGUCGUCUGGAGGAGGGGAUGGAAAGAUGGUCACCGCAGGACGGGGACGCCACUUCUUUUUUCUACAAGAUCAAGUGUUUCUUUAUCGCUCCGAGAAGAUGCCAUGAUGCCCCCGAGAUUCCUCCACUUGGACAAGUUUGCCAUCCGUCCGGUGUGGAAGUCCUUUGCACCGUUUCUUUUUUGUACACCUCCCUCUGCAGACCCCGAGGAUGCCUUAUUCAAUGUCUUCUGCCAGAAUGAGUAUUCAGAGGAAAUGUAAAUACGAUGGUUAUGCGAGGAAAUAGAAGUUACACUGGCGACCGAGUUGUUUUUACUAACUUCCAAAGAGGUGACUUCCGUGAACAAAGCACCACAAGUCUUUAGAACAUCCAUCCCUCCUGUGAUUUGACGAUGAAGUCCUGGAUUUGGGUUUUCUUGGAAGCACAUUGUUUACAUGGACAGCAAUAGCCAAGUAUUCUGAUCUAAACCCAUAAUGUGGUCAUUGGCAACAGGCUUGCCUUUCACUUCCUGUAUUGCAAAACACCCACGACUAUUUCAUCCGAUGUAAAUCAGCGAGAUAUUGACUGUGAUUGUUCAUCCUCCAAAGGGCUCAUUUGCAUAUUUAAAUCCACUCGCCCACAGCUCCUGAAACUGUACUUGUUCUGUGUCAAAAGAGCGCUUUGAAAUUGACAGUAUUUCACGAAGGAUUUAUGGCUGUGUGAAAAGUAUGGCAUGGAAAGAACCAACUUUGCUGUCCGUAUAAAUAAUGGCUGACAGGGAAUGGUCGGGAUUUUUAAGACCUGACAAGUCGAUUUAAGUCUAGAUUUUAUCGGGACGCUCACUGAGAUUACAGUGCGAUGGAUAGAGGAUAUUUUUGAAGACUUGGCACAUGUGCACUAGAUGACGUUGUAAAAUCAGAUCCGAGCGCAACGGUGGUCUUCACGAGGAGACAACCUGAUGUGAAAAUUUCAGAUGGAUAUUCUUGCAGUUCUUCCAGCCUUUUGUUCCCCUUCCUCUUGUGUAUAGUCUUGAUUGUUUUCAGACCUCCAUUGCCCUUCAAGUGGAGCUGCGGAUCCACUGUUUUUGCACUAGACUGCACCCUGCGAGAGUUCAAACCAAGUCUGUCUUAUAUGAAGGUUUCCAGUUUCUCAAGAACAUUUCAUUCUUUUUGAUCAAAGCCCAUUUACACCAGCGAAAGAGGCGCGUCAGGUGAUCAACCGCAGAGUUCUGGAGUUAUGACUAGUCUCAUUUGAAUGAGGCUGUUUAUUGUAGUCAAACUGUUAGCUCUUACUUUGCCUAUCAUUGUUAAAACCCGACUGAAAAUAUAUCUUUAAACAUUUCAAAUUGCGGCCUCUGACUCCGAAGUAUAUCACAAAUUUAACGUCACAACUUUGCCCAUUUUCAUUCCAAUUUUUGUGGCUCAAUUUGAACGAAUUGUUUUCAGAAUCGGUGCUUUUACAUUUGGAAAAGCAGUGGCUCUACUCUGAGUCUCUGAUGACCUAGCUCCUCACCUGGCUCAGGAAAACAUAUUUUUGACACAAUUUCUUCCGCUAAAAUGCUAAUUCAAGUGAAUAAACGGAGACAGUUGAGUACAUCGACGAAGAUUUUGUGCAACUUAUAUUCAACUUUGUGUCUUCCGCCAUGAUACAACUUCCAUUAUUGUCCCCCGACUGCGUUUUAACUGGUGAAAUGGGCUUCAGUAGUUGGUCAACACUCAUGAUCACAGCUUAAGAGCCGACUGUUGUGUUCUAAACACAAAACCGCAUAAUCAAUCUGUGAAACAGACUCGAUUCCUCUCAGGUGAUUUUUUUUAAUUAAAAAAAGGGGGUUUUGCACCAUUUUUUUCUAACAAGGGUCUUUUAUCGUCGUUCAGAUUUGGGAUGUCGCUGAGGAACACGUGGCUGUUUUUAUUGAUCCAACAAAGACACUGUCGAAGAUGCUGUUGUGAUGUUUUCUAUUGCUGAACACAGGCCAACCUUUGGACCCAAGGAGCAAUAUAUUAAUAUGGAUUUAUGUAUCAGGGGUCUGUAAUAUUUCGUCAAGUAUAUCACUGCAUAAUUGGGUUUUUUUUUCGAGAUCUCUCAGGGAUGUGCGGGCCGCUGAGAGUCUGUUACACGCGGAUGCAGGAAACCUUUGGCCAAUUUCAGAAAUUUGGAGGGGCUGUGUGGGUGAGGGGUGGCGGAGGGGGGGCGCCGACGGGGGGGUAGUCGACGGAGUGUUGUUGCACUGAAAGAGGUUGUGGUUAUAGUUUCCUGCGGAUCCUGAACGCUGAGCCAGUCCCUGUAGCGACCCCCGUCACGCCACUCGCCCUCCCCACCCCCCGCCUCUUCACACUGCCCCGUUACGAUCGGUUCAUUUCAUGGUAAUUUAUUUUUCUUCUUAUUUAUUUUUGCCCGCUUCUACUGUAUACACUUGUGUGUGCAAUGACUUCUCCUGUCUGCUCCCUGCCUUCCGUCGCGCGACACAUCCAAAAUCAUCCUCUUUUUUUUUUUAAUUUUGCCUGGUCGGAAUGAAAGACACUUUGUAUUCAUAUUAGACCUCAAACGUGGUGGCGGCGCCACGUCAUCGACAACCUCUUCACUAAGGGACGAACCUCAGACCCUUUCACAGUCACCACUCGAGCCUUGUUUUGAAUCCCUUUAACAUCGAUUCUGGGUGGAGUAGUAUCAGUGAACGGUUAUGCUUUUUUUUUUUUUUGAAGAUGGGCUGGACUGAUUUCGGAAACCUUUGACUCUUAAUAUGUGGUUUAGGGCGUCGCCUUCAGCAGGAUGUUACUUUUCUCUCACUCGUGAAUCAUCGCCCGUCGUUAAUGACACGUCGUAAAGGUUUCGCAAAAACCACAAAUGAGUUCUUUUAAAGUCACAGGAUGUUGCUUUGUCGUCUGUUCAAUUCCCUUGUUCGAUUUUGUUGUAAUCAACAUGCACUGGAAAGUACUUUGGUUUCUGUAGAUCCCAUGGGUCCCGAACUGUUUUUGUGUUCAUGUAAAGUAUAUACUCUGGAUUGGUCUCCUGAGAUCUUCUUGUCGCUCGCCAGAUUUUUGGGCGUCGAACAAGGAGAGUGGGAGGAUGUUUUGAUUUCUUUGAAAGGGAAACUGCGGAGAUUCCAAAGAGUCGACUUGUUUAAGUUUCAUGUGGGCACCAACGUUAGCCUAAAAACUAGGGUCCAAUCCCUCCGUUACCUGUUCUUUAGCCAAAAUACCACCAUGACAGUCCUUAAAAUUUGUACCGUAGUCUUACCUGUUAAACAGACUUGGGUACACAAGUCUCAUGACCGGAAAGUUACGACUAAACAACCCAAUUUUUCGGCCUUUUGACAAAUUGUGUGCGAUGUAAGUAGCUAACAGGUGUUCCCGCGUACAUGCUGGUACUGGUUACCACUACAAUCGCGGCACAUGUUUGACUUGUUUCCCUAUAUUGCCAUAAACACCAGCAAGAAUAGAAUGUGUGGAGUUGAACGCCCAUUGUUAUCAUGUUAGCGCUCAUGCUAAUACAGAACACUAGGCUAGGUUGUUGCCAACUGCAUACGUCUUUGCAAUUACCCAUCUCUUCAUCGGACCCGCUUUCUUGAAACGUACUUUUAUUUAGAGUGUCUCUUUAGAGUCUCCGUUGUAAGCAAUCCACCACCGUGCCCUGUAAAGUUUCGUUAGAAUGACGUUCCAAAGCGCCACCCACCGCCGCGUGAGUGCCGCUCAUCCCAGGAGUGGGACAUGUAUUUUACGGAAACCGUCAGUGUCUUGAAUUUUUCUAGUCCACUUUAUAAAAAAAUUGAAGGAAGGUUUUCAUUUUUAAGGGUUUUUUAAAUAACAUUUCUUCUACGUGGUUUUUCUUAACUUUGUAAAUUGUAUUUUCUUAAAAAAAAAGGGGGUCUGUUUUUAUAACAGUUGUUGCUUGUAAACCGUUUUUUUUUUUUUUUUUUUUUUACGACCAGUGGGAUCAUUUUUGACACCUAUGAGAUCAAGGGCAUUUUUUUUUCAAGAUGAACUUGCAACAUUCCUUGCACAUCUCAUUGUGGUAUGAACACACAAGCAAACCAAAAUCCAUUGUGGGUGAUUUUGUGACACGGUGUACAUGUAUUUCUAAAACCCUGGAAUAUGCCUUUAACUGCUCAGUUUUAAAUGAAGUCUUGAUUAUCACACACUCUUUGUACCAAGAAAUGAGACCCAGCGAAAAUGUAGCAUUUUUGUAAACAUUGACUGUGUGUUUUCGAGACUCUACUGUGCACUCAUGUUUGUGUUUUAUAUAUAUUUUGGUUGUUGAUUAUGGUAUGGAAGUAAAGACAAUUUGUUAUGUAGUGCAAUAUGCUGUACAUAUGGAGCUUUGCUCUACAAAUCUUUUUUUUCUGGAUUUCUUGUUGUUGGUACUUUUUUUCAAUAAAA